AUGCUCUCCAAUCAGCAUGCUCUCCAAUCCCCAUGCUCUCCAAUCACCAUGCUCUCCAAUCAGCAUGCUCUCCAAUCCCCAUGCUCUCCAAUCAGCAUGCUCUCCAAUCAGCAUGCUCUCCAAUCAGCAUGCUCUCCAAUCAGCAUGCUCUCCAAUCCCCAUGCUCUCCAAUCAGCAUGCUCUCCAAUCAGCAUGCUCUCCAAUCAGCAUGCUCUCCAAUCACCAUGCUGUCCAAUCCCCAUGUUCUCCAAUCACCAUGCUCUCCAAUCAGCAUGCUCUCCAUUCAGCAUGCUCUCCAAUCCCCAUCCUCUCCAAUCCCCAUCCUCUCCAAUCAGCAUGCUCUCCAAUCAGCAUGCUCCCCAAUCACCAUGCUCUCCAAUCACCAUGCUCUCCAAUCACCAUGCUCUCCAAUCACCAUGCUCUCCAAUCACCAUGCUCUCCAAUCCCCAUGCUCUCCAAUCCCCAUGCUCUCCAAUCCCCAUGCUCUCCAAUCACCAUGCUCUCCAAUCCCCAUGUUCUCCAAUCACCAUGCUCUCCAAUCACCAUGCUCCCCAAUCACCAUGCUCUCCAAUCAGCAUGCUCUCCAAUCAGCAUGCUCUCCAAUCAGCAUGCUCUCCAAUCAGCAUGCUCUCCAAUCAGCAUGCCACCACGUGUCCACGUGUGACUGUAAACAAAACUCCAUGUGCCCGCCACCACGUGUCCACGUGCGUGUGUUUGUAA